CCGCAAAGUUGAUGACGUCACGGGAUGGUGUAACAUGGCGGCUGUUGGGUGCGCUCUGAUGGAAAGGAAAGAUAUGGGUGAGAAAAAUGUCACAAAAUUAGCGUUAUCGUGCAAAAGGAAUGGAUUAAAUCAUGGCUGUUACUGUGAAGAAAAGAUGGAAACUAGAAAUACUUGCAGGUCUCAAUUAUUUGACAAACUGUUACGGAUAAAUGGGACCGUAAAGGCGAACAAUAACAACUGUUUUCCCCGUCCGUCGGUCCCUACUCUAAGAUCUCGCCGGGAACGGCAUUCCUCCGGACCAGAAACUAUCAAGAGACGUCGUCGGUCAUCAAGGCAUGAUUCAGGGGACAGCAAGUCUGGAGAGCCGCCAGACAGUGGUCCCUUAACUCCGGGGACGCCGGACACUCCAGAUUCACUAGAAGUAGCCAAAAUCAACCAGAACUGCUGCAAAGUGAAGCACAAAUCAACCAACAGUGUACCUCACGCAAAAGAAAUCACAGAUUUAUUUCCCCUAGUCACCGGCACAAACGGUCUUGUACCAGUCACGCCUGACAGUUCAAGAUCAUGUACUCCAGUAUCAAUGGGCGCUUUGGCUCCUAGUCCUGGCUGUAGUCCCAUAGGCAGCCCCGCUGGAAAAGGGGACACAACUCCAUCCAAAGAAACUUCUGGUCCAAUUGAAUGUCAGUGGAAAGGUUGUAAUUUUGUUGUGAACAAUGGUGAAAUUAUGGAGCAUAUACGUGCAUGUCAUGUGCAAUCUCAAAAGGAGAAAGAAAAAGUUGUAUGUUUGUGGACAGGUUGUAAAGUUUAUGAUACGCCGUCUAGUUCGAAAUCCUGGCUGGAACGCCAUAUACUCUUUCAUAGUGGUGAUAAACCAUUUCGUUGCAUCGUUGCCGGAUGUGGGGCGCGAUUCACGACUCAGGGAGGCCUUGAAAGACACGUCAAUAGUCAUUUCAAUGCUCAAGAGCAGUCGCCCAAUCAGAAACACUCAAAACACGGCAGGGAAGACACACCCACUAAAUUAUUCAAGCGUAAACGAUUGAAGCAGAAACGACCUGCAAUCAGAGUGAAGACAGAAGACUAUUUUGACACAGGGAUAAUGGACAGGCUACAGCAACAGCUCAACGUCAUAACAGAAAGGACUCAGCUUGAUCUCAAUGGCAGUAACAACUCUGUCACAUUCCAUAGUUCUGUGAUUGCAAGAAGGAAGGAUGAUUCAGGGAAAGCUCAAUUCCUCCUUCACUGGACACCACAAAAUAUUAUACCAGAUGAGUGGGUGUCCGAGUCUCAGGUCCAAUUCUUACAAACCCGCAGCAUUCCCAUGAACUGCCUACCUCGAGACAGUCUCGUUAAUCUUCACCCGUCAUUGUAUCACGAACAUCGCUACAGAAAACAUCGAAGGAAAUGAUUAAUAGCUGAUAACAAUCUUCAACCUUCAAUCAUUGAUCAUCAAUUAAAAUGCAGUGAAGGUCACAUGACUCCGUCUAUUUAUAGUAUAAAUGUGACUAUGGUAAAUGGUUUGUCAUUUCAGUGCAUCUGAAAAUCACAUGACUAGGUCUAUUUAUAGUAACAAUGUGACGGUGGAAAAUGGUUGUCAUUUCAGUGCACCUGGAGAUCAUUUGAGUAUUUCUGUUUAUAGUGAAUAUAUGGCUAUAGGAAGUGGUUUGUCAUUCAAAUGCAGCUGAAGAUGACAAUGAUCUGGUCUAUAUAUAGUAACAGUGUAACCAUGGAAAAUGGUUCGUCAUCCCACAAUCGGUAUGAGAUCGUAUGAGCAAUGUAUUUAUAGAAACAGCAUGACCAUGGAAUAAAACUUUGUCGUUCAACUGCUGGAUAUCACAUAACCAGAUUUAUUUAUAACAACAAAUUAACCGUGGAAAUGAAUUAGUCACAGUGGCACAGUUGUAAGGUCACAUGACAAGAUCUAUAUAUAGCAACAAUGUGGCAUUGGGGAAAAACUUGCCCACGCUGUUUGAUUGUACUAAAUAGGAAAUAUGUGUUUUAUAGAAAAUUCAUUUCAUGUGACACAUCAAGUUUAUUUCAUUGUACACAUCAAAAUGUGUAUGUGAUUGUUAAGUCUUUCCUAAAAACAGUGUAUAUGUUCAAUCAAACAACUGCCAAAACACCACAUAAAAUAUUUAUGAUCAUUUAUCACACGGCAGUCAUAUCAUCCAUACAGCUGAAAAAGUCACAUGACCAGUUUCUACGUCUUUAUCUCGUAAUUUGUGACUUGUGAUAGUAUGAAAGGUUACGUCGUAAGUUUUUGAACCUGUUGUCUGAGGUACUGUGAGGUUGAAUCCCACAGCAGAAAUUUUAUCUCCUAUUUAUUCCUGCUAGUUAGCAUUUGUUCCUGCAAAAUUAUUGCCAGGAAAGUUUCAUACCAUUGACCGACUGAUAAAUAUAAUUUAGAAAUAAUUACAUCUCCCUUGUUUCUUUUAAAGUUUGAUAAUGGCUUUAUUUAGAUGUGCAGUACGUAUAUUGGAUAUGUCAAUGUUUCUUUAGACUUAUAACUGAAUAAACUUCUGUAUUUCUGUUGGAGGUUUUUUGGUUAGAAAAUGAGGAUGUAUAAGAAAGUUCAGUUAAGUUUAGUAUUUCAGAGGACUUGCCUUUUAUAUAUUUUUAUUACAAAAUGGUACAGCACUUUUCUGUUAUCAUCAGGGUCAAAUUAGCUUAAUGUUAAUGUUUAAUGAAGCCAUCUUCUGGUGAAAAAUUGUUAGUUUUACAAGCAUAGUUUUAUCAAUUUGGAGCUGUAUACCCAAUGAUUUCCUGAAUGUUAGACUAGACACUAUUUUGUUUAAUAAGAGUUAUCUCCCUUUACUUUGUUAAAUUGUUAUUCAAUUAUAUCAUCUAAAGUAGACUGUUUAUGUGAUAUAGAAAACUUGACCUUACAGGAGCAAAAUUAUUCUUUUUUGGCCUAAUUUUUGUUUAGAAUACGUUUUUGAGUUUAUUAUUGAAACAUUAGUGUGAAAUACAUCUAGUAUUUCUCAGUAAAAAAUACCAAUAUAUAUUUUACUGGUACUAAACGAAAAAAUGGGUGAAUAUUUUUUUUUACUAAAACAAUGUAAGACAAGAAGAAAAUGUGUUGCUUUAAAAAAUAGAUUGAAGCCACUCAUGGAAAUAUUGCAUUAAUGUUUCCUCAAUGGAAGAUCUGAAGAAAACAAAUCUCUGUAAUCUAGUGAUGGGCCGACAAUCGGAUAAUCGUCGGCGUGGCAUUCAUGAUCGCGAUCGCCGACUUCACUUUUCCCUGACAGAUUAAUUACAUGGCACCCUAAAUGGAUAAUUUAGUUGUUUCUGAUCUUUUUGUACCCCCCGACAACAAAGUUGUGAGUGGGGUAUACUGGUUUUAGGUUGUCUGUCCGUAGACACAAUCUUGUGCGCACCAUCUCUCCUCAUCCCCUUGACACAAUUUAAUGAAACUUCACACAAGUGAUCAGUAACAACAGUAGUUGUGCAUGGGGCAUGUUAGGUUCUUUCAGAAAAAAAAAUUGCAGAGUUACGGGACUUUGUUUUUUGUUACUAUACUAUAUACAUAUACACAAUCUUGUGCGCACCAUCUCUCAUCAUCCCCUUGACACAAUUUAAUGAAACUUCACACAAGUGAUCAGUAACAACAGUAGUUGUGCAUGGGGCAUAUCAGGUUCUUUUAGAAAAAAAAAUUUGCAGAAUUACGGGACUUUGUUUUUUGUUACUAUAGACACAAUCUUGUGUGCACCAUCUCUCCUCAUCCCCUUGACACAAUUUAAUGAAACUUCACACAAGUGAUCAGUAACAACAGUAGUUGUGCAUGGGGCAUGUUAGGUUCUUUCAACAACAAAAAUUGCACAGUUAUGGGACUUUGUUUCUUGUUAACAUACUAUGUACAUACAGUCUACAUAUCGUCGCCUCAACGCAAAACUAGUCUAUGUGUAUAUAGAAAUAGAAGCAGAUAGACUAGUUUCGCGUUGAGGCCACGAUAUGCAAUCUUGUGCGCGCCUAAUCUUCCGAACCCUUGCACACAAUUAAGUGAAACUUCACACAAAUGAUCAGUACCAACCCUAGUUGUGCAUGGUACAUGUUACGUUCUUUUAGAUAAAUCUUCUGCAUAGUUAUGGGACUUUGUUUUUUGUUACUAUACUGUAUACAUACAGUCUAUAUACAUACAGUCCACAUAAUUAUGCAAUCUUUUUUUUUUUUUUUUUUUUUUUUUGCUGAACUCCAAUAAUUUUUAAUUUAAUAACACAAUAUCAUUGGAUUAAUACUUUCUGUCUGCACCCUGGUGAAAUGGAAUAAUUAAGGCGAGUACCUGAUUCGAAGUUUACUAUUUCAUAAAUCUUCAUAAAUAUUUUACUUUUACGCUGUUGACUUACUCGUGUUAAUGAAGAGAUACUAUAGAAAUAGGAUAUUUAAUCUCUGUGUGGUUCAUUUCUUAAGUAAUGAUAUAAAACAUACACUAUAAUGUGAACUUAUAGAUAUGCAAUUAAAAUAACCGAUUAUCCGAUUAAUCGAAUUGGUUGGCUUGUCCGAUUAUGCCGAUUAAUCGGUUGGCAAAUCUAACCGAUUUGCCCAUCACUACUGUAAACAUGCAAAAGAAAACAACAAACGAGAAAUGUUAUCUAAAAAAUAUGUUUGUUAACCACUUUUUAACAAAAAUUGAGCGUGGCUACCUUGUAUCAUGGUAGUGCAUUUUAAAACAAUAGUGCCAAAGUUUUAAUACCUGUGCAGCUAUUUCAAAAUCUUAGAAGAUCAUGUAUAUACAUGAAUGCUGUCAUUAUGCUGAGAAUUUCUGAAAUUUUUAGGUAUGUAUUAUUCUAUUUGUUGGUAACUUAUUGGGCAGAGGUUACCUUAGUGAUUUGAAAAGGUGACCUUUGUCAUUUGCAAACUAAGUCCAUUUUAUAAAAUACAAAAGUACAGAAAUGUAUUAAAACUUCUAAAAAUGUAGCAAAACAUUUGUAUAUUUUUUCUCUCUGAUAGUGAUGUAUAAUGCUGAUUUACAUAGAUACAGUGCAUAGUAUUUUGAAGUUUUAAGUUAAAUUCAAUUUUUCCUUCCUUGACAAUAAAAUUAAGCAGAAAUACUGCACAAUCAAGAGUACAUAUAUACCAAGUUAACAGAUAAUAGAUGCGGAAAACAAGAGUUUUUUAAUCAAAAUGUAAAUAAUAGGUAAUAAAAACACUCAGAAAGAACAUGCAUCCAGAUUUAUGUGUUUUAAGUUUUUUGAAAGCUCCUUCAUUUGAUAAUGAUUAUAGAUAAAAAGUAUGUAUAAAACACUUGUAUUGUAGGUAAGAAAGCUGUCUAGUGUGUUACUCACACAGUAAAAUGUGAUGUAAUAUAGGACUACAGUUUUAAUAAUGUAUAAGAGAUUAAUUAAGAAAAUAUUGAUUUCUAAUAGUCUGUUGUAUAUCUGAUGGCAGGCAAGGUAAGAAGCCAUGCUUGUUGAACAAAACAAUAUUGUCAAUAUUUUUAGGGCCACACCAAACUGCUCAAUGUAUCAUAUAGGGCAGACAGGUUUCCUUGAAUGUUAUUUUUGGAUUUGACAGAAAUAAAUUUCUUUGUCUUUACAGGGAAGUUAGAGAAUAUAAUGGAUAUUUAUGACAUUGGUUGUAUAAUGGCAGAAAUAAAAUGUUAGGAAAUCGAAUAGAUUUUACAUUUAUCAGGGGCCAGUGUGAAAUUUCUCCAGUCAUUACUGGGUGCCUUCUUGUAGAAAUGAACUGUACAAAAAAAAACACAGUCAGUCUUCGAUUUAUGUUUCAUAGCCAAGCUACUAGUCAUUUGUGCAUCUUGUUUUGUCAUUGUCAACCAAAAUUUUAAUUGAAAUGUACAGCCGAUUGGCUCUAACCCUUAUCAUGCUGGACACGACUGAUUAUGCCUUUGCGACCAGUGUAGAUCCUGAUCAGCCUGCAUAUCCGUGUAGUCUGAUCAAGAUCUGCACUGUUCACCAUUCAGUCAGUAUCUUUUUGGUAAGCACUCCUUUUAACAAUUAAUGGUACUGUCCAAAUUGAAAGUUCAUUUUAGAAAUUUAGCAGGGUAAGGGUUAAACCUCAACUUUGUCCGUUUAAUACUACCUCCGCUUAUAAAUAUUGCUAUUUAUUUUAUUAACUUAACUGUCAGUUUUCUUCAGAAAUUCAUUCAGUUGGACUAUGAAACGUAAUUUACACUUUUUAAUCAAGUUACAUAUUCCCUUCAGAUCUACUAGAAAGCACUCAGGCCAUAAAUUUAAUAAGAGUUUGUAUUCUAAGAAUAAGUUAAUUACAUCAUUUCAUUCAUGUUGUGUUUUUGCAAGGUGUAGAAGAGUGUUAAAAGUGCUGCUGAUUUUUGCCACAGAUCCACAUAUUUAGGUCUUAAGAUAUGUGCAUUUUACCCCCUUCCUUGUCAGUGUGAAAAUGACUUUGUAUUUUCUAACCUUUGAAGCUACAGCUCACUUUAGAAUUUGAUAAAAUCUGGCAGAAAUUUACAGCAUAUCUUGCUUGCUUGUAUUUGUUUAAUUCUCCGCCAUCUCGAACAUGCUUAACAAAAACCACUUUUAAUUAAAGCUUGCAGCAUUUGUUCCCACUUUCUCAAAGUCCCAUUGUAAAUUACCUGUUAUUUAUUUUGCUAAUCUAUUACCUCAGAAGAACAUAUGCUUAAUGCAAAGUUUUGUAAUGAAUAUAUUAUUACUCUCUGUGUGUAUAAUUAUGUGUGCAACAGGUUGUCUCUGUGUGACGAUACCUGCCAGUAUGUAAGAUUUUGUAUUGUGUAUUAUUGCUAUUGAUUUAACUGUAACUAUGUUUCUUAGAAUACAAGCUCUUUUUUGUCCAUCAUUUGUUCCUUCAGAGAUUAUAUUUAUUUAUCCAAUCAGGAAAAGGUUGUCUUCAUGAAAACAAUAUUGAGGGUUAAGAGCCAAACUAGUCUAUCUGCUCCAGUGCAAGUACAUAGAUCAGUAUGGCUUUUAAUCUUCGUAUCAAAGUGCCAUCAGAAACUCAGGGCAGCAUCAUAUUUAUAUAUUUAUCCACAUGAUCAAAAUUAUCAUGCAAUGAUCAGCUUAAAUUAACAAGUCUUUAACACGGCCUCUUUAAUAACUGCUAAAUGCUGCUUUAUUUAUCAUAUAUGAUAUUUAAAAUCAUAAAAGAUGGGAAGUUGUUUUGUACCAUUAUUACAGUCUGAACAAAUAAGAGACAAACAAUGCCAGUGUUCAGAACUGUAUUUACAUGAUAUCCCUUGCAUCCGAGGUCUCGAGUUCAAACCCAGUUGGAGUCGCAAUUUUGCCUGUAUAACUCACUAGUACUUUGAUAUCACUGGACUUGCAGCUUGAAAAACUUGAAAGGUUUCUUUACAAGAAAGCCAAUAUGGAUUACUGCAAAAUGAAUGAGAACUUUGUGACUGCAAUGAGCAUGGUGCAAUAGCUUUAAGAAGUAAAGCCAAAAAGAGCUAUCUCCUGAUAUACAAAGAUGGCAGGUAGUACCUUUUUGCACUGAGCUAUUAAAUUGUAGCUGUAAUUCUAUAAACUAUCUUGGCCAGAUCAAUUAUUUGUUGCAUAUGGGUUAUAUAUAAGUGAUGGCAUAAUAGGGAUGAUAGAUGUAACUUUUAAGAAAUUACUCUAGAGUAAAAGUUUAUAUAAUUUAUGACAUGAAACCUUUAAAUAGCAGAGUACUACUUUUACCCGUUUAAACAUCCCAAAGGUUUAAAAUGUGAUAGUAUGUCAAAAGUGUUCUUGCCUAGUUGCCUGAUACUAUUUUGUUUACUCAUGAAUAUUUACCUGGAUUUUUUUUUAGCACAAGACUUUGAAAUUACAUGAAAUGCUCUAGUUAAGUUUAUAAAAACUAGUUUUGUAAAUGUGAUAAAAAGUAGUAAUUAAGGCUAUGUCACUGUAAAGUAAUUUUAACAUACAGUUGUAUACCGUUAGUCAUGUAAACACAGAUAUUGAGUAAAGUACAAAAUUUGUGUAAUUGAAAAUAUUCAGUGGUUGACACUGUAUCAUUAAGGUGCAGAAACUGAAAUGGUUUGAUACAGGAUUUGCUUUCUGUCCGUCCAUAAGUUAUUGCCAAUAUUCCCUUCACCAGAUUUUAUCCAAACUUGGUCAGAUGAUUUUCAGAUGAUGGUAAUACAUGCUUUGAUACAUUAGGAACUGAUUAAGUAGAUGUAUUCUCAAUUAUCACAUUUUACUUUUGCUCAAACUUGGUCACAAGAUUACUUAAAUUUUAACAACACUAGGUCGUUUACUUUCAAGUUUGAGAAAAACUUUGUAAUUUUUCCCCAAGUUUAUAGAUGCUGUUUAAAUGAUUGAAUUUUCUUGAGAUAGCGCUUUCAGAUGUAGCAAACUGAUGCACUUGGUCAAAGAAAAUGUUUGGGUAAUUUGUGAGUGGGUGUGGUAGGUUAAUCACAGGAGUUACUUUUGUGUAUCUUUGAAAAAUAACAAAUCAGCAUAUUUCUCGUCGAAGAGAAAAACCAGACUCCAUCAUUUGAUGAAAAAAAAAUGUAAAAAGCAAAAAAAAAAAUGCAAUUGUGCAUACUUGCUGGAAUAUACAAAGUCAGAGCAGAGUUUAGUAACUUUGGCUUUUACAUAGUUCCAAGAAAAUAAGUUUAUUUUUCCUGUUAUUUUAAAGGUAUACUUGGUCCAAAUUUCAUAUUUGAAGUGAAGGACAAUUGCUAUGUUUAGUUUAAUGUAAACAUUAAAAAUAUCUGUUUAUUUGUAUUAACAGUACUAUGCAUUAGUUUUAAAAUAGUGCACACUUAAAACAUGUAUAGUUAAACAUAGCAUAAAUGUGUGCUACCACUAAAGACUAAAAGUUUUUUUCACAAACGACUUCUACUGCACAACAUUUGAUUGUAAAUGUAGCGCUACAUACACAGUAAUUAUUUAUUUAUGUAUUUAGUGGAGGUAAACACUUUUGAUGAGGAUUUUUAUGUUUUGAAAUGAAUAUCUGAAGAUAAAACAAUAAAAUGAAAGAUGAGCAUUGAUUAUCUGGUCUGGUAUGUUGGUCGUCCUGAAUGGUACCAUUUUUGGCCAGGAGGUCAAAUUCAGUUAAAUCUGUGAUCUCAGCUGCAUGUUGGGUCCUAUCUUUUUACGGACAUGUUUGUGUAUAUUACAUAAGGUAUAUUGAACACUGGCAUUUUAAAAAGCAUACAGGGUAUUUCUGACUAUUACUGUAUUAUUGCAGCGCAUCUGAGUAACAUUUAAACUGCUGUAUGAAUCUGACUUCCAGUGGAUUUUUUGCUGAUUUCUUGAUUGAAGAGUUAUCUUCCCCUCCUUUACCACAAGCUGAUUGGUUGACUGUUGCACUACAGUUUUUAUGUGUUCGAAGUAGGUCAAGUUUACAGGGUCACUAAUCAUUAAAUAGCUUUGAAACUUGAGUAAUAGGUCUGACCUUUAACCCUUAGCCUGCUGGUGGCAAGUGAUUCUGCCUUUGCGACCAGUGCAGACCAAGAUCAGCCUGCACAUCUGUGCAGGCUGAUCAUGGUCUGCACUGUUUGCCAUUCAGUCAGUAUCUUUUUUGGCAAGCUCCCCUUUGAACAGUUAAUGGUACUGUCCAAAUUGAAAGACGGACAAGUUCAUUAUACAAAUUUAGCAGGGUAAGGGUUAAAGAGUUUGUUAGUAUAGAACUUUUGAGGUGUAAAGGUUAUUAGUAAUUUAAGUGCCAAGUUUUCAAGUGAAACCUGAGCAAUUAUAUACAUGUAGUUUCUGUUUAAAGCAUCGUUGACAGAUGGUUUAUUUUUACAGACAUAGUUAUAAACUUGGAGUUUCCAGGAUUCAUAUUGUAUUUUGAAAUUAAAAAUGUUACUUGGCGUAAAAAGUUUGAGUUUGUGCUUGUUUACAUAUACAUAUUUAUAAUAGAAACAAGUCUAGUUGUAAAAACUAACUAUUUUAUUGAUAGCUGUUAAUAGAUGCCUGUUUAUUAAUGUGUUAAAUUUUGUUAAGUAUGUGUGAAUUUUGAACAGUAUUUAUAUUCUCUUCGUUAAAAUUCAUUGUCUCACUGCAAAACUAAUGUAACUAUGUAAAAAAAGGCAGAUUUAAUAGUUUUGUGCUGAGGCAAUGAAUAGUGAUUGACAAACUGUUGUAAUUCAGUUAUACAUAUGAGCCGCGCCAUGAGAAAACAAACAUAGUGGCUUUGCGACCAACAUGGAUCCAGACCAGCCUGCGCAUCCAUGCAGUCUGGUCAGGAUCCAUGCUGUUCGCUUUUAAAGUCUAUUGGAAUUAAUGAAACUGUUAGCGAACAACAUGGAUCCUGACCAGACUGCGCAGAUGCGCAGGCUGGUCUGGAUCCAUGCUGGUCGCAAACCCACUAUGUUGGUUUUCUCAUAGCAUGGCUCCUUAUUAUUAUUGUAAAUGUUAUAAAUAUUUUACAUAUACAUUGUACAUUAGGUGUGAUAAUUUAAUCCAUUUUUUUUGUGUAUUUUAUUUUGUGUGUAUAUAUGAAAUUUACAGUUGAAAGAAAAGUGAAACACGCUGUGUGUGAGAUGAUGCAUGUAUGCACAUAUAUCGAUAGCCAAAUAGGAACACAAUUUAGGAACAAGAGAACCUUUUGAUCAAAUUAGUGCUUUAACAGGACAUCCAUUCUUUGAGCAAACUUUUACAAAAGUAAGUUUCAUUAAACAAUGAGAGAACUGAAUUUUCAGCUUCUUGAAUUUAUGAAUUAAAUUUUCAGAUUAUUUCAAACCCUGAAAAAUAACGGCAGGUUUAUAUUUACGAGUAUGAAUGAAAUUGUUCAAAAUAUUUAAUCCUUGCCAUUCUGUUAGAACUAUUAAUGGUUAAAAUUCUUUUGCUGAGAGUACAUGUUGUACAUUUGGGAAGUCAUUUUAGUUAUCAAGCAUGAAUAAAAAGUUCUUUCGUAACAGAUGCGUUGGAAAAAUGAGCAACUGUGUUUGUUAUCUCACAGGUUUAGCGAUAGAAGAUUGUUAUCAUGAAAUUACCUCAGAUACACUAUACAUGUAUUGUAUAAUGCUAACUUGCUCACAUAUGAAGGAAACUUUGUAGUAUUUCAUACAUUUUACAAUAUUUGCAGUUGCCAUGACAUUGUAAGCUGCCAAAGAUAAAUUGUAUACAUGAACAUGAUGAAGUGUUUUUAAAAGGAACAUGCCUCUAGAUUAGCAGCAAGCUUUUCAAAACUGAGAAAAUCAAUUUGUUAGCAGAUGUCAAGCACAAAUACAAAUCUGGCUGCAAGCAAGUUGCUGCUUAAUACAGGUGUUCAUCUGUACAGGAUUGUAAUGGACAUUAAGGGCAUGCACCUUUCAAAUAAUUCUUUUUUUAAUAUGUUGUGAAUGAAUGUCAAGUGAAAAAUGGUCUGAAAUGUAGUUAGUUGAUAAAAAUAAUGACAGUGGAAAUAUUUGUAUGGCUACAGAACAUUGAGAGGCAUUGUGGUUUCAUAUUUAUAUGGUACACAUACUUGUUGCUUUUCAUAGUUCAUUUCAAUAUGCUUAGGAGGUGUUAGAAUUUUGAACAUCAGAAAAUUACAAUUUUCACACAUUUUUGCAAUGCAGGUUCAAUAUGAACUUUCAAAAACUUUGAACUUAUAGAUUUACAUGAAGCUAACUACUUGUUUACAUCUAUGGAGCAAGGUCAGUAGACCCUUUUAAAUAUGUAGAGAGAUUUACUACAAUAGAUCUAAUCCAUGCACUUAUUGAAAUUGCCACUUAGACAUAUUCAAAUAUCAAUUUAGACUUAUUUAAAUUGCAAUAAAUCACAAUUUUGACAUACUGAAAUUCCACCUUAGACAUAUUGAAAUCACAGUCUCUCUUUGACAUCUGCUAGUAUUCAGAAGUGCCUGAUCACUUAAGUAGUGUUUAAUGCAUAUCCUUUAUCAUUUCUGGUCCUUUAAUUCUCUGAUGUAGAAGGGGUACAGAGUGUGGAGUACACGGUGGGUAAUGCAACUAAGUCAGGAAUGGAAAAUACUCAGUUUACAAGAAUGCCCACUCUUCCAUGUUUCAGUUGGACCUUGUUUUCUCCUAUAUAGUGCUAAAUUUGAUCUUUUGUAAUUUCAAUAUUAGGAAACUUUUCAAAUAGAUAUAUUUACCAUUGUACUCUGGUCUUGAAGUUUUUGAUGCCACGUGCUUUUUAAAUAUUUAUAAAUUAUUUUGCAUUCUUAGCAGAACAUUUCUUAAGUCAUAUAGUUUUGUUUCAGAUCUGUUUAAAAGUAUUAUGAGUUAUAUUAUUGCAGUAUAAAUGAUUCAUUUAUGCUGUAAGUCUUUCCCUUGUUGAACUUUAUAUUUAAUUGUUGGCACAUUAUAUAUAAUAUUUUGACGAAACCAUAUUUAUUUUUCAUUUGUCUAGCUAAUAUAAUUUAGAUAGGGUCAAAUACGUGAUAGAUACAUUUUUGCAGAUUUUUUCAAAUAAUGGCACUUAGUAAUUCAGAACAUUUGUGAAAUUAAUCUUCAUUUAAGAAAUAAUGUGUAGAAAAAUCAUGUUUUAACAUUAUUAAUACAUGAAAAAGAGGUUAUACAUCCACAGAAUAAUUUCAUGGGGGUGUAGUCAGAGUGAAUUAUUCUGGUAGCAUACAACUGAUUUUUUGAGUAUUAAUUUAAGUAAAACACAGUUUGGCUUUACAUUAUUUCAACUCCAGUAAUGCCUUUAUCUAAAACAGAAGAUAAAAUAUUUUAGUGCUUUACUUGGUCGCAACAAAAACAUUGACAUCAUCACCUGUUAACGUGAUGUCAUUUUAAUGUAAGCGUGUUCUAACAGAAACGAGCAUAUUAGAAUAUGUAAAAUAACACAAACACUUCAGGAAUUCUUAACACUAUGAAAAAGGUUCCUAACCAAGAAAUCACUAAAUAAAAUUGCAUUGUAGUGCAAAAGGUGCCCAAUUUAUAGUAGUGCAAAAAUUGCCCAAUUUACAGUAGCUAACCAAUUUCUAAAACUUAAAAUUUGAACACAAUGGCUAAAUGACUUAAAUAUCUUCUAUAGGUAAUUAAGACAUCAUUCAGUGGAUAUAGUGUUCUCCACACUGUUUGAAUUAUGAUAGGGAUCUAUGUAUGUUUACUGAAUAAGUGGUUGAAAGUAUUUCUGUGUUAGUUAGAACAAUUCUUUAGAUAGUUUUGUACAAACUUACAAAAAAUAAAUGCAACUUGGACCAAA